AAGGGAAUGCAAGCUGCAAAAACAUGCUUUUCCACUUUUCUUUUCUGUAGACACAUUUUUAUUCAUAUUUUAUUUUACAAGCAACCAACACCAAACACCAUCUUUUUAUUUAUUCUUUUAACCUGUACUUUUUACCACCUCAUUUACUCUCAAGCAGCCUCUUCUCCUUCACCCUACUUUGUAAUGCGUAUUCGCACGUUUAGCCUUGUCUUUGUGGCUGUCAUUGCCGCUGUGGUGGCUGGCAACCCCAUGCGCUCAUCAGUCAUUGGCAUUGCGCCCCUCCUUGCCAGUUCCGAGGCCGAGGUUAUUCCAGACAAAUACAUCGUUGUAUUCAAGGAUUCUGUCAGGCCUGGAAGAGCCUCCCUCCAGAGCCACUUUGCCUGGUUGACAAACAACAUUAACGAGGCCAAUGCCCGUGCCCCGGCCUACCGCGACGCCAACAAGAUCGAGCAUAUCUACCAGGACGCACUCGUGGGCUACUCUGGAAAGUUCGAGCCCGAGAUUCUCGACCGCAUCCGUCAGUCCAAUGAAGUCGCCUAUGUUGAGAAGGACUCUGUGGUGUAUGCUCUGGAAACCCAGAGCAACGCCCCCUGGGGUCUAGCGCGCAUCUCGCACCGCGAGCCCCUGGGCUUCCGCACCUUCAGCAAGUACGUGCAUGACCCUAAGGCCGGCGAGGGCAUCACUGUUUACGUUGUUGACACGGGUGUGAACAUUGACCAUGUUGAUUUCGGCGGCCGCGCCAGGUGGGGCAAGACUGUUCCACUGAAUGACGUGGACGAGGACAGGAAUGGCCAUGGCACUCACGUGGCUGGAACCAUUGCCGGCGGCCGCUACGGUGUGGCCAAGGGCGCCGAGGUGGUUGCCGUCAAGGUCCUGGGAUCCAACGGCUCCGGCUCCAUGCUCGAUGUCAUUUCCGGCGUCGACUUCACUGUCAAGGAGCACCUCAAGUCCGUUGCCGAGGCCCGGAAGCAGGGCAAGGCGCACCGCGGCAGUGUUGCCAAUAUGAGCUUGGGCGGUGGCUUCAGCCGCGCUCUCAAUGAGGCCGUCAACAAUGCUGUCGAGGGAGGCGUUCACUACGCUGUGGCUGCCGGAAACGACAACCGUGAUGCUUGCAGUUACUCCCCGGCUAGCGCCCCUAAGGCUAUCACUGUUGGUGCCACGAGCAUUACGGAUGAGCGCGCUUGGUUCUCGAACUUUGGUAAGUGCGUUGAUGUGUUUGCCCCCGGAAAGGACAUCUUGUCUACCUGGAUUGGUGGUAACCGCCAGACUAACACUAUUUCGGGAACGUCGAUGGCCAGCCCCCAUGUUGCCGGCUUGGCUGCAUACCUGCUGUCUCAGGAGAAGGGCAGCCUUACUGGUCAGGAGCUCAAGGCUAAGAUGCUUGAGCUGUCCACCAAAGAUAUCGUCCUGAACCCUGGAACUGGAAGCCCCAACGUGCUCAUCUACAACGACCCUCCCAAGAACUAAACACUUUUUUUUCUCAUUCAUUCAUUUUCUUUAUUUUAUCACACAUUUUCUGUGUUUAACAAGUAAAAUCAUCUCUGCUUGAGCUGAACAAAAAUAA